CGUUUAGUUUCCGAAACGCGUUCAUUCGAGUCGGUUGCAACACAGUCUACAGUAUUUGUAAUAAAUAAACUGUGCACCUUUCACUAAAAUAAAGACUUUCUGCAUCAACUGUCAAUAGCACAAGUUAAGUAAAAAUGCACUUUCAUUCUGAACAAAUUUUUGAGAAUCAAUGAUAUUUCAAGCAUAUUUCUUAACUCUUCUUACGUUUUUGUUGCUUCGCUCACUUAUCUUUGUGACAUCUACAGUCUCCCUGCAAACUGAGUAUUACAAAACUGUGAAGUAAUCAACGUGGACUGCCGCACAGCUUUCCUGUCACCUACAAAUUAUAAAUCAUCGAGCAAUGAGAAAGCGCACGACGAGAACCAGAGAUUUCAAAGACCACAAGGGAUGCCUGCUAUUUCGCGCUACGGACUUUGCGUCCCUAAUGCGUCCCAUCAUGUUUUUCUCGGGGACAUUCGGCUUUUUUCCAUGCAACUAUAAAUCCGAAGAAUACGUGUUCUCGAAGAAAAAAUUCGUCUACUCGAUAAUCAUAAUCUGUCUUCAUUUGGUUCUCCAAGUCCAUAACUUUUUAUUAAUCAAUUUUUUCGACACGAGCAGCCCCUUAACGCAAUCAAUGCCGGAGAACUUCUUCGUUCUCUUGGACGGAUCUUUACCUCUGCUGCUGUUCGUGGCACCGUUCUCAAUGACAGCCAUGUUCCAACAAUUGUCGAAGCUCUCGCGCACAUUGUCGCGCCCGGAUUUCAGUGACAUGGCGAAAGUAAUUCACGCGGUUUACAUCGUGAACGUUGUUUAUUACAUAAUAUCUAUACUAACAAAUUAUUGGGUUGUUGUAAGUAUACCUGUGGGGCGACGUUUGAUUAACAUGUACCUGGCGACGUCAUCGACCAUGACGAUAUUGUGUUACGUGAGCUGCGUGCGUCUUUUGGGCGCGUGCUUCAAGAAACUUAACGAAAAUCUGAAGCAACUGAAUGGACCUUCGCAGGAUCUUCAUAUAGAAUUGGCAGAGAAGCAGUUGUCACGAAGACAAAGUACCAUGUUGUUGACGAAGGUGAAAUAUUACGAGGAUGUGCACGAGAAAAUCUGCGACGCUGUCGUACACCUGAACGCGUUGUUCCGCACGAUGAACAUCAUUUUCACGACAUCCACUUUCAUUUUGGUCUCUUUUAAUCUGUACAAUAUUUUUGCGACUUGGUUUUUCAGCGUUCGUAUAAUAUCGGUGGAUGAGAACCUUCUCCUGGUUAUUGGAUUGUCAUAUACGGUACUAAAAUUUGGAAUGUUCUGUGUAACGAUUUGGUUCUGCGAUUCUGCCGCAAACCAUGCUGCGGAGAUUGCUACCACGAUUCACGAUUGUGUCAGCCACUGUACGGAUGAUACUGUCAAGAGCGAGUUGAAGUACUUCGGCCUGCAAGUGAUGCACAGAGACAUUACGUUCACGACGAAAGCGUUUGAUAUUAAUGGGAAGCUUCUGUCGCAGACACUCAGUGGAAUUCUCAUGUACAUGAUGAUACUCUAUCAAUUUUUAACAAGUUCCAAUUGCACCAACUAA